AAGAAAAGUUAAGAAAACGUUAAGAAAAGUUAAAAAUUAAGAAAAUGUUAAGAAUAUUUUAUAAGAAAAGUCAAUAUUUUUUAUGUAAAAAGACAAAUUAUGAAGCUUUUAUCUAUAAUUUAUUAAGAAACUCAGAAUUUCAUACUAUAAGUACAAGAUGGAAACAAUCAUAUGCAGCAAUUCGUCGUAGAAAACAGAAUAUUGAGAAGCAAAGGAAGCUUAAAGAGGAUCGUCGUCCAAUGAUAUGUAAUGCGGCUACAGGAAUACCUACAGAAUUUACACGUUCUAUUUUAUAUCCACAAGAUUUUUUUUCUUCAGAAAGAAUUUCAAAUAAUAAGGCAAAUUUUUUCUUUUCAGAAGGAGAAUUAGAUAAAUUUUUCAAGCUAACUAAAGAGGCUAAUCUUGGCCGUAUUGGACUUUCAUCAUCAGUUAUUAAUAAAAGCAGUUUAGAAGAACUUAAAAAAAAGGCAUCAGAAUAUAUUGGUGUUAAUGAAAAUACAGAAAAUAUUGAAGCAUUAUUAGAAAUUAUAUCUAAAGAAGGAAAUAUUGAAGAAUUUUUUGAUUUAAAAAAAGAAAAAAAUGAAGAAAAUAUUAUUGUUAAAUUAGCAUCUGUUUGUAAAACUCAAGAAAUAAUUGAACGAGAAGAAAGAAAAGAAAAUGUAAUGAGACGACUUAUGGAUUUGAAAAAUAGUAAUAGUAAAGCAAUACAACUUUUGAAUAUUUCUAUGGCAGUUGAAAAAUUUAGACAACAUGAAUUAGAUACAGGAUCGCCAGAAGUACAAGCAGCGGUAUUUACAGUCAGAAUUCACUAUAUAAAUUUUCAUCUCUCAUCUCAUCAUAAAGAUAAAAAUAGUCUUAGAUCUUUAAGACAUUUGGUACAUAAACGUCAGGCAAUUCUUAAAUAUUUACGUAGAAAGGAUCAAAACAGAUAUUUUUCUUGUAUUAAAAAACUUGGUUUAACCGAUAGUGCAGUAUUAAAUGAAAUUACAUUAUAAAAUUUAUAUAUUUUGAAACAAUAAUAAUAUGUAUAUAAAGGAA